AUGGCCAGCGCAUUCACCAAGCUCUUCCUGCCGAGCCACCGCAAGCGCAACAGCAUCAGCUCGGCCAAGCGGCCGGAGACGCAGCCUGCUUCUCUACAGCCCCCUCAGCAUCCACCGCCCUCGGGCCGCAAGAGCUUCGCCAGCGUCCGCCCCAGCUUCCAGGCAUCCAUCCAGGAGGACGAGCCGUCGCAGUUUGGCCUGCCAAGCCGGCACCAUGCCGGCUUCCUCACUACCGAUAGUCUCAAUGCUCCGCACAUCCCGCCCGCAGACGACCUCACAGCACGCAGGGACUCGUUUGGCUUCGACCCAGACUGUCGUCCCUCGGUGCUGCCUUUGCGCGAUAGCGACCCUGCGGCCCAGCUCAGCGACUGCGACGCGGUGCAGGCGCCAUCGAUAGCAGCAGCGUCCGCGUUCGACAACGCCUGCCGGCCACCCGAGGAUGACGACGACGACCUCGACGACAACCCCAUCUUUCUACGACUUUCCGAGGAUGUCAGGCUGCAGCCCGACUGGGACGCCGCGCGCCUGGUCCUAGUCCCGCUGUGCCGCUGCCUUCUCAUGGCGGAGCUCUCUGAGCAAGCUUGCCUGGAGGACGACACCUACAUCGCGCUCCACGCGUUCGCCCCGUCAAGGCUAUUCAGGGAUCAGUUUGCCUCGGUCCGCUCCACGCUCACUGACCGACACUCGUCCAAAGCCGAGACCUCCUCGGCGUCGCAGGACCCAGCGCAGUCGACGUCGGAAGCUUCUGAGCUUGGGGCGCAGCGAGGAUCCUGGGACCAGCUGGCCAUCACGGCGACUCUGCUGCCAGACCAGCGCGCCGUCAAUGUCUCAAUUUCUCGAUCCGCAUCGGCAUCGUCCAAAGCCCAUGGGUAUGGCCCUCUACAGACGCCACGAAGCGAAGAGCGGAAGCUGCGGAUCGUCGCAGAGACGACAGUCUAUCGGACCGUGCCGGUCGCUCCGGACCCCCAAGCCCCGAUGAUCUCGCCCGUUCGACCCUCGGCUUCUUCGGGCUUCGAGGUCGUCAGCCGCGCCAACCCAGCCAAGCCACCGCCGAAGCAGGAGAAGGUCAAAGUUCGGGUGAUCAGUGUCGACGAGGUCCUCGUGCCUCCGUCGAUGGCACCGUCCCACUCCGACGGGGGCAGUGCCUUGGCAACGCCGUCCUCGGCCGCAGGCGGCAGCGGCACCCAGCAUCUGCAGCCAGGCAGUGUCGCCUCCCGCAACGUCAGCCCGUCUGGCUCCAUCGCUUUCCCCUCGGUCGAAAGGCAAGAGACGGAGCCAGCGCCGAGCAGCAUUGACAUGUCACGCCAAGCCUCGGCCUCUUCCCGCUGUGCUGCACAGGCCGGAAGCGCUGACGACGAUGCGCCAAUCGACAUUGCUGGCGACUUGACCAUCUCGAGCGUCGCCGCCGGCACUCUUUCCGACGCCGUGCUCAGCGCCAUCCCCGUAACCCGGUCCUUUGCCAUGGAUCUCCGCCUGCUCCUCUCCCCGCCCACGGAGCUCACCACCUUGGCUGCUCCGUUCGCCGCGGCCUUCGAUGCGCUCUCCUCUGCGGCCCUCGAGUUCUGCUUCGCCUUUGUCUUUGUCAAGGGCUUUGAGCAGUACAACGUCAAUCGCAUCCGGCGCGGCAUCUUCCAGAAGGCGUGGCGGGUGCUGCUAGAGACGUUGGCAGCCGAGCGUGGCAGGGGAAGCCAGGGCGCCGCGUCGACUCGACCAUCCGAACUCUCCUCGGACGCUUCGCAGCGCCUGCAGGAGGUGCUCGAGAACGUGGUGCUUGGCUACGUGCACGACAAGGUGUAUGGAUCCGCGGCCGAUCAGCUCGCCGAGGUGGAUCAGAGCCUCGAGGAGCUCUUGGCGCUGUACGAAUCGUGCGGCGUCAGCCUGGUCGAGCUCGGCGUCUACGUGCCCACGCUGCGGCACCGCCCGGGCAGGCUCGAGGGGGCCGUCAUGACCCUUCGCAACGGCCUGCUUGCGCAUCGCCCAGAGGAGCUCGACGACGCUCUCGCUUCGGCCGAUCGUACCGGACUGUUGCAGGUCCUCGACGCCGGAUGUCCCCGGGACGACCCCGACAGCGCCUCCGGAUCGGAUUCAGGCCUCGAUCUGGCCUGCACCAUGGCCGCCAGCCUAGACCUCGCAGCGCAUCCACCUCGGGCGAUCAAAGGCUCAGGGUAUCCUCCCAUCAACGUCCGCACGCCGCGCGAGACGAUGCAGGCGCUCAAGGCGACGAUCGACGAGGUCGGCCUUGCCGUGCAGCGGUCGCAUCUGGCUUCGAGCCGCACCAGCCUCGCAGCCACCCUCGAGCAGGCACCGCUCCUCAGCACCGACGACCUCCUUCCGGUGCUCGCUUACGUCGUCAUCAAGGCCCAACCAGCGAAGCUCGCCAGCUGCCUCCACUACGCCAAGACUUUCAAGCUGAUCGAGCCAGGUCAAUUCGAUCUGAGCUGGGCGCUGGUGACUUUCGAGGCGGUGGUCGAGUACCUCAAGGGCGACCCGCUCGGCCUGCGGCGAGGCGGCGCCACGACCCUCGAUGCCUUCGGCUUCCGCACCGGCGGCACCGCUUCCCGCCACGGGUCGAUCGGCGAUGCAUCGAUGCGCUCGCUCCCUUCUCGCCACAAGCUGUCCUCGGGCACGAUCGCGGCGGCUUCCCAGUACCACACCGUCAGCAUGUCGCGUCAGAGUUCCGACGCACGCGACCGCCGGGCCUCGAUGCCGCUCGGCUCGCCGGACGGCACAUGGUCGCCCACAUCGCCCAUGUCGCCCUCUGGCAGCAGCAGCGGUGCGCCCUUUCCGGCCAAUGGCUUGGGCUAUUUUCCUCGCACUGCUGCCCCCGCCGCCGGUACCGCCGAUCCGAGCACUCAGGCCUCGGAUCCGGCGUUUGACGGUGGCGCGAGCCCGUUGCUCCACCAGGAUGACUUCAAGAUGCCGGGGAUGCCAGCGAGCAGCGUCUCUGGGCGUCCCAGCAGCCGCACCUGGCACCGACCGGGAUCCUUCUACGGCAACGUCGAUGGCAGCGCAAGCCGGGACACGCUGGCCGAUUCGCCGCGCACAGGUCCGCAGACGCAGCCGCUCAGCCGGCAGUCGAGCACGCGUAGCCGCACCAUUUCGCUCAACGCCGGCAGCGGCAGCGAGCUGCAGAUUCGACCGCAGAUCGUGCGGUCCGGGCGUCGCCCUCACGGCGCGUCGGUCUCGCAGAUCGACCUGUCGCAGAUCGGCCCCUCGAUGGAACGAUCAGGAAGCUCGAAUGGCGGCCGCAGCGUGCGCGUCGUCGGCAGCCCAUCGCUGGCCACCGCCUCGCCGCCCACGGCCAGCCGCCGCAAGAGCAUGGACUCCUGGACCGCCCUGUCGAUCUUUGGCGGCGGCUUCGGCGGUGGCGUCAGCGGCAGCGCUGCGAGGUCCUCUUCAUCGGAAGAGCGGGGAUCGCUCGAUGUGCACAGCGACGACCGGCCCGUCGUGCGGCGCGUCGGUGCAGCGCGGCCGCACAGCUUUGCAGAGUCGGCCGGCUCGUCGGACGGCAACGGUUUCCAGGGCAACGCGUCGUCCUCGAGCAUCUCCUGGUUGCCCUGGGCCGCAGAGGGCGGCUCGAAUCGGCGUCCUGGCACGCCGGGAACGAGUUCCAUCGCCUCGGCCGAGGGCAUCCUCGAUUCGGCGUCAAUCUACUCGGGAGUGACCCGGUCCGCGUCCGGCUCAGGCUUCGCCAGCAUCCACGCCGCCGUGGCGCAGCAGUCGCAGUCCUCGUCCGCCGAGACGCCUAGCUCGGCCGGCGAGCCUGGCACGCCCUCGAUUGGCGCUUCCCACUCGCGGCGUGCGCCGUCGAUUCGUUCCAACUCUUCCCUCUCGUCGGCACCGGGCGCCGAUGACCUGUCGGCCGCUCUCGCCGAGGCCGCCGCGACGUCGCCGCACACGAUGGCGGGCCAGCUGCAGGCGGCGCAGUCGACGUCGCAGCUGCGCGUGCCUUCGAACCGCAAGCGGUACCGCGCGCGGUUCCUGUCCAAUGCCGGAUCGAGUGCGCCGGCUGCGCCCUCGCCUGCCACUGUGACGCGUGAGGCUACGGCCGGCGACAUCCAUCGUGCCGGGGACCGGAGAAGCUUUGGAUCUCUAAGCGCCGUGAUGGCGUCGGACGCCGUGGCGGCGGUUGCCGCAUCCGAGAGCUCCUCACAGGCUCUGGGUCAGAUGUUGUCGUCCUCGACGACGCCGGACGUCGAGGCGCACGCCUCGCCCAUCGUCAGCGGCCACCUCGAUCCGACCUGGACGGCGCGCGACGACCGGCUGAUCCCGCCCUUUUUCCGCCUGCAGGUGCCGUCGCCGGUCAAGGAGAUUUCGGACCCGCUAGCCACGCCUUCGCCGACGAUUGCCAGCCCGACUCCGGCAGGCGGCCACUCUCCGACGCUCGAGCUGCGCGGCAACCCCGCCUUGCCGGGCGCCGCAUCGUUGCCGUUGCUUCUCUCCAACAACAACACCAACAUCACGUUGGAGGGAGCGCUCGGAGCGCAGACGGCCGCGGGCGACAAGGAAAACGGCGGCGGCGAAGGACCGGUCCCGACGCCGUACCACACGCCGGCCGAGUUUGACCUGGGCAUCUUUGCCGACAUUUCGUCGAGCGCCAGCGUCAAUGCGGCCACGACGACUUUACUCGACUCGCACUCGCCCUCGCCCUCGCACUCGCACCAGGCGCCGGGUCUGGACCUGUCGAGCCUACUUUCGCACUCGCACUCGACUUUCAAGCGACGCGCGGCGAGGGGCGGUCCAGCCUCUGCGUCGUCGUGA